CGUUUGCUUACAAAGGCGUUGGCUGUCCCAGGAGGGUAUAAAUAUCCUUCCUCCUGGAGUGCGCCAUAAAGCAGUAAGACUGCAGUUUUACAGCGCGUCUUAAGUUCCAGACCUGUCAAGUGUAUACAUUAUGGCGCGUGGUCCAUGGCUGACGGGCGUGACAUCAUUCCUGGUGGUUUACGUGCUGGCGUCGGUGCAGGCACAGGUUGUAACAGACCCGCCCGACGUGAACGAGUGUCUCAGCAGUCCGUGCCGAAAUGGCGGGACGUGUCUGAACGGGAGAGGCGAGUACGCAUGUCUGUGCGCUCCUGGGUGGAAAGGCACCAACUGUGAAGAAGUGCUCACGUCUCCAGACAACAGAGGAACAGAGUUUGUGGUCGGCUUCCUGCAGAACCACGGGUUCAGCGAACUCGAGCUGUUCAUCACCAGCGCGAGCACAGAGCCCGCCAACGUCACCAUCACCGCUCCAGGUGCCAGCUACACGCAGCAGCUGGUCGUGACAGACGCAGCUGUGCAGGUGGUCACCCUGCCGCGCUCCGUCAUGCUGACCGGACACGAGCGGGCUCAGAAGGGCGUCCUCGUCACCGCCGACCGGGAGAUCAUCCUGUACGGCGUGAACAAGGAGAGGCACACCACGGACGGCUUCUUGGGUCUUCCCGUCGACGUACUGGGCAGGGAGUAUUUCGUAGCUUCCUACAAUCCUGCUUUCCGGGAGUAUCCGUCCGAAUUCGCCAUCUUCGGUGUUGAAGACGGCACCUCGGUCAGCGUCACUUUGAAGGGGAGAGUGUACCAUGACGGCAGGGACUACUAUUCCGGGAGCGUCAUAACGUUCACACUGGACCGCCUAGAGGCUGUGCAGUUUCAGGGCAGGUACCAGUCGGACCUCACAGGCACCCGCAUCCUAUCGGACAAGCCGGUGUCCGUCAUGUCAGGCGUGCGGUGUGACAAGGUGCCCAACCAGUUCGCCGCGUGCGAUCACCUGGUGGAACACGUCCCGCCCGUCAACACCUGGGGACAGCGCUUCGUGACGGUCCCGCUGGCCGUGCGGCGAGCAGGCGACAUCUUCCGACUAGUGGCCGCCAGAAACGGCACCACUGUCAACGUCACGGGUCUACCACCUCGCUCGCUGGACGCUGGUGACUUCUGGGAGCUGGACCUCUCGUCCAGCACGUACAAGACCAUCACCUCAUCGCAGCCAAUCAUGGUGCUGCAGUACAGCAAGGGGCAGGACUCGGACGGCAUCACCACCGAUCCCUUCAUGAUGUACCUGCCGCCGGUGGAGCAGUUCGCCGCCGACUACACCUUCGCCACGGUCGACGCGCUGUCCACGGCCUACACCAGCUACGUCAACAUUGUCAUCAAGACGUCACAAACGUCGGGCCUGACGUACGACGGCAACCCGCUGUCUUCCUCCACGACGUGGACUCCCAUUCCGGACACCGAUCUGUCCGCCACGCAGCUUCACAUCGGCACCACGGGGACACACAAGAUCAAGCACACCUCCGCCAUUGUCACCUUCUCCCUCUUCUACUACGGCUUCUCCUCCUACGACUCCGUGGGGUUUCCCGGGGGUCUGCGAUUGGCCAGCAUCUCCGGAGGAUGUGAUGUCACGGAACCAAUGGUUGGCGACGGCGUCGACAACGACUGUGACCAGCUGGUGGACGAGGAACUACUGAAUGGAAUAGAUGACGACGGUGACGGUCUUAUUGACGAAGAUCUCGCUGACGUGAACCAUGACGUAGAUGAGUGUGAGCUGGGACUGGACGACUGUGAUCCCGACGCGGUGUGUGUGAACACUCACGGGUCGUACAAGUGCGAGUGUAAACCUGGCUUCACCGGAGACGGAAAGACCUGCUGGACAAGGGGCACGUGCGCUGCCUUUGGAGAUCCCCAUUACAUCACGUUUGACGGGCGCACGCACCACUUCCAGGGAGCCUGCACGUACACCCUAGCGCGGAACUGUCAAAACAACACACUGCCGUACUUCAACAUCGAGACCAGGAACGAGAACCGCGGCAACUCGCGCGUCAGCUUCGUCACACAGGUCACCGUGGAGGUCUACAAUCACACCAUUGUGGUGGAGAAGAAUAAGGUCGUCUAUAUUGACCAACUGAUCACGACCCUUCCUGCCGAGCCGAGGGCUGGUCUAACAGUCAAGUUCGUCGGUCGCUACGUUACCAUAGAGACAGGCUUUGGACUCAAGGUGUCGUUUGACGGGAGUCAUCGCGCCGAGGUCAUCCUGCCUGACCUGUACCAGGGCGCCCUCUGCGGACUGUGUGGGAACUACAACGGCGACGUCAACGACGAAUACCUGACAGCCGGCGGCACCCUGGCUGGUGACGUAGUGACGUUUGGCAACAGUUGGCGGGUUGCGAUUGAAGGCGACCAGUGUAACGAGAACCCAGAACCCAUCACGCAGUGCAGCGACGCCCUCCAGCAGACGGUGUCGGAACUGUGCGGGAUCCUGAACGACCCAAACAGCGUGUUUGCUCCCUGCUACUCAGCCCUCAACCCUGAGGGUACUGUUGAGACUUGCAUGUACGACUUGUGUGCCCAGAACGGAGACAUGGAUUCCCUGUGUCACAACCUGGAGGCCUAUACCGACUCCUGUGCCGAAGCUGGCAUCAACAUCGGAACAUGGAGGAAUGCCACCCUCUGCCCGCUCUCCUGCCCCACCAAUAGUCACUACACCUCCUGUGCCAGCGCCUGUCCCGCCACCUGUACAGACGUGUCAGCGCCCCAGUACUGUAACCGCACCUGUGUGGAGGGGUGCGAGUGUGAUGGAGGCUACGUCCUGAGUGGAGGGAACUGUGUUACUAGGCAAGAGUGUGGCUGUACUCGUGGUGGACACUACUAUGCAGUUGGAGAAACCUGGGGAGAGGGUUGUAACCGCCGCUGCGAGUGCGUCAGCAAGAACAACAUCCAGUGCACGGAGGUCGGGUGUGAUCAGAACGCUUUCUGUGGGAUCCAGAAUGGAGUCCAAGGAUGUCACUGCAACAGUGGCUACCAGGGCAAUGGGUCAUACUGUGAAUUUGUGGAUGCCUGUCAGAACAGCCCAUGUCACCAUGGUGCCUGUGCUAACGACAACAGUGGUGGGUACGUGUGCACAUGUGCAGCAGGCUGGACUGGACCUGACUGUGAUGAAGAUGUGGAUGAGUGCUCCCAGGGAUCACACAGUUGCCAUGCCAACGCCGCAUGCUCUAACACAGAUGGAAGUUUCACCUGUACCUGCUUGGGUGGCUAUGAUGGAGAUGGCCAAACAUGCACAGAUGUAAAUGAGUGUCUGCAGGGAUCACACAGUUGCCAUACCAAUGCCACCUGCACCAACACUGAUGGAAGUUACACCUGUACCUGCCAGGAUGGUUUUGGAGGGGAUGGACAGAGCUGCACAGACAUAGAUGAGUGUUCUUCAGGUACCCAUGGUUGCCAUGGUGACAUGACCUGUACAAACACAGUUGGAAGCUACACCUGCACCUGCCCCGGUGGAUUUGUUACAAAUGGCAAUGGAUGCACAGAUAUUGAUGAGUGUGCCUCAGGAGCCCACAGCUGUCACCCUGAUGCGUACUGCACCAACACUCCCGGCAGCUUUACGUGUGCAUGCAUGCCAGGGUACCAGGGUAAUGGCCAGACAUGCACAGACAUCAAUGAGUGCACAACUGGCUCCCACAACUGUGACCAGCAGCAUGGCAUCUGUACCAAUGUGAUCGGAGGGUUCACCUGUAAAUGUGAGGAAGGGUACAGCGGAGAUGGGAAGACGUGCACAGACCUUGCAGCCUGCCGCCCUGGUAGCAACUCCUGUGACUCCAAUGCAGACUGUGUUACUGUUGGGGGACAGUACACAUGCACAUGCAGGAAUGGCUUUACUGGAGAUGGAAUAACAUGUGAAGACAUUAAUGAAUGCCAGUCAGGAAGUCACGACUGUGCUCCCUCAGCUGCAUGCACCAACACUGUAGGAGGCUUCAACUGUUCCUGUCCGAGUGGCUACACUGGUGAUGGCAGGACCUGCACAGUGGAUGUGACAAGUGACUGUGUGGACUCACCCUGCCAAAAUGGAGGCACGUGCAUGCAGGAGGACGGAGCUUACAGGUGCAGCUGUGCUGACGGCUGGGAGGGAAACACCUGCCAACUGUUCACCUGCGAUGGUAGAGCCCCUGGGCGCUACAGGAAUCCGGCUGACUGUGGGUCAUACUAUGAGUGUGUCACUGGACAUCCUCUGUACCUGAGGGACUGUGCACCAGGGAAUACAGCCUACAGUCCUGUAACAGACAGAUGUGAGUGGAGUUGGGAGGUGCCUGGAUGUGAGCCUCAUUGUGAUGUCCCUUGCCAGAAUGGCGGCACCUGCACAGCUCCCAACACCUGCACCUGUACCUCUGCAUUUACAGGAGACACCUGCCAGCAAGGUACAGGAGGUGAUGGUGAUGGUGAUGCUGGUAGCAAUGCACAGAAGAUCAUCUUCCCUGGUCCAAGAGGUGUUGAUAACUAUGCCAAGAUGGAGACCACCUUGUCUGAGGAUUUGACAAGCUUUACUCUAUGUGUGCACAUGCGCUCCAACAUGUCCUCCAGCAACCAAAUCAGCCUGGUCAGCUACGCAGUGGAAGAACAUCACAACGAGCUUCUCCUGUUUGUGAAUGGCGGAUUUAAAUUAUACAUACAAAGUCAUACGCACAUGGCGGACCCUGCCAUUUGGGACAACGAGUGGCACACCGUAUGUACAACCUGGCGCAGUAGUGACGGAGCUUGGCAGCUGUACGCAGAUGGCGUGCUGGCGGCUUCCGGCUCUGGGUUUAACGUGGGAGGGAGAGUGCGCAGAGGCGGCACAUGGAUCCUCGGACAGGACCAGGACGUAGUCGGGGGAGGAUUCAAAGCAGAGCAAGCUUUCAUCGGAGAACUGUCGGAAGUGAACCUCUGGGACCGCGUGCUGUCUCCAGAAGAAAUAGGAGCGGACUGGGCAGCAUUCUGUAAUUACCAUGGCAACGUGAUUGACUGGGAUACAACUCGCAUCGCAAUCUUUGGAGAGACCAGGAGGGCAGAGUAUCAAUGUGAUGCUGUGGAUGUGACAAGUGACUGUGUGGACACGCCCUGCCAAAAUGGAGGCAUGUGUGUGCAGGAAGACGGAGCUUACAGGUGCCACUGUGCUGAUGGCUGGGAGGGAAACACCUGCCAGCAGUUCACCUGUCAAGGCAGAUCUCCUGGUCGCUACCCAGCUGACUGUGGAAGGUACUAUGAGUGCGUAACUGGCCACCCUCUUUACCUGAGAGACUGUGCACAGGGAGGUACAGCCUACAGUACUGUCACUGACAGAUGUGAGUGGAGUUGGGAGGUGCCUGGAUGUGAGCCUCACUGUGAUGUCCCGUGCCAGAACGGCGGCACCUGCACAGCUCCCAACACCUGCACCUGCACCUCUGCAUUCACUGGAGACACCUGCCAGCAAGCUGUUAACGCCUUCACGUGUGAAGGAAGGACUUCCAACUAUUUCCGUCCCACCGGCCAGUGUGGCACGGAGUACUAUGUCUGCAUCCCUGGUCACAGUACUCCAACCACCAUGAACUGUCCGGCUGGACUCAUCUUCAACAACGCCAACCACGUGUGCGACUGGCCAAGCAGUGUGUCUGAUUGCUCCUCCUGAGAAUGAUAAUUGUAAUAAUAAUAAUGGUUUAUUGGGUCCAUUAAAAAGUACAGGUUCGCAGGACUCAGAAAUUGGCCCUGAAUUGCUCAUGUACUAACAUAGUUGUAACAUGGACAACAUAACGAGGACAUUUAGAAUCAUUUACAGUUAUCAAACGUAUUAAGAUAUAUACAGAUUUAUAUACAGAUUGGGUUGACUGAUAAAAUCUUAAGAUUUUGCAUGGGGAAGAUAAAGGAAAUAUGUACCCAUUGUAAGGAUCUUUAUAAAUACCUUCAAGAUGCAGAAAAGUUUUUUUGUUGCUACAUGUACUUUACGCUACGUCUAUGUACUAACUAGAUAUAGGCAUAGUCAACUGUCCGAUGACUAACAUCCUUUGUUCUUGCUUCAGUUUUUAUAUCAUAAUAUAAUAAUAUAAGAGGGAAAGUCAAAUGGUUGACCUUUGGUUUAAGCCUUUUUCAAAACUUUAACAUUAUUCAUCACUAUGGAGUUGAGUAGUUUAUGGAGGUAACAUUAGGAAGUAUUUUUUCUUGUGUGUUUUUCUGUGUGAAAUAUUGAAUGUUUGUCAAAUAAAGAUGUUACAGGCUAAUGGGAAUGAA